AUGUCGUCCGAAUGUCCUGAAAAGAACUCAUGGCCGGAGCUUGUCAGAACUAAUGGAGACUAUGCGGCUUCGUUGAUAGAGAGAGAGAACUCGAAAGUCGAUGCUAUCGUGAUUUUGGAGGGAACUCCGGUAACAAAAGACUUCAGGUGCGACCGGGUCUGGGUUUGGGUCGAUAGAAACCGUAUCGUCGUCAAAGUUCCUACCGCCGGCUAG